AUGCGCAGAUUCGGUAUGCGAGAAGCCGAGAGAUGACAUGGCAUUGUGCAUGUAUACGAUCUUUGCCGACAACGACUUUGAUAUAACAUCCAGACCCGGCUUUCCGUUCUACGCACUUCGGCUUUUGCGCUGAGCAAUCAUGAUGCGUACAAAAGAUACACGGAAAGCACGCGGCCGAUCACGAGGGGAUGUGAAUGAGAUGCCUGGUGAAAGUCGAGGGUAUACCGAGAAGCGCAUCGCUGCGCCGGGAGAUGCUGCGAGGGAUCAGGUUAUUGUCAUCGAGUCUGAUGAUAAUAGUGAAGGCGAUGAUGAUGAGGGGAGCCUAGAGUCUGUGUUGCCUGCUUUGCCUCGUUCAUCUAGUCGUUCAGCGGCUGAGGCUGAGAGGCGAAUAUGGCGCUCGUCGACUACUGUAUGGGAACCACCUAAGACCAAACACCGACCUUCUGUGUCGAGAGACCUUGUUGAUGGGAAGCCUGCGACAAUGAUGACGAUGAAGAAGGGUGGUGGGCAUAUAUAUGACCCAAGCGGACUGGCUGGCGAGAAUGUAGCUACGGCGUCUAAUUUCGCAUCGUCUAAGCUUUCAAAUGGCACUUCUUCGACAAUGAACGGCAUGGGCUCCUCUCCUCAUCAAAGUGCAUCGUCAGCAAAGGGUCCGAGUCUAGCAAGCCGUCACACACUCAACUUUCCAUCAACUCCUACGUCAUCGAGAGGUUCUGGUCAUGCAGGUUCACAAAAGGUCAGCACCGCGAAUCGCAGCGGUACCUUGACCAGAAGUUCUCCCUCUAUACCUUCUUCUCUACCCCUCCCAGCUGUGAAGGGACGAAUCUAUUCCACGCCUCAGGCCCGCAAGCAGCGGAAUAUCGAAAACGGAUUGAAGAAGCUGGAGUCAUUUGGUUUUGUAUCUGCCUCCUCGCUCCUUACUGAAACUAAUGCUGCAAAUUGCCGAAAUGUUGCGCCUACACAUAUGUCGAAAUCACAAUCAACGUCCAAAUUCAAGCCACAUUCCAUAUCCAGUUCUAUAAAGCAAGAAUAUUCUAGCCAUGUAAGGCCCUUAGGAGUACAUAGUGAAAACCAACAGUCGUUACUACAGACUACACGGAAUACUGCUGGUGCCAUCACACCUGUACCCAAACUCAAGGCGGAGUCUAUGUCCACGCCCACAUAUCUAGCGACGACACAGUCACGAAUUGGCAGUCUCCUGCCAUCUCCACGAACCCCAGAUAACUCCAAAGCCGGGAAGCAAACCGCCUCUAACUUGUCCUCUUCCAUCGGCACCCGUGGAGAUCCAUACUCGAUCUCAUCCGACAGCGACAGCGAUGAAGGCUACGAUCAUGAUACUGUUGCCAUGAGCCAUGAUCAAGGGAGCAGAAACCAUGAUUCACACAAUCUUACCUCUCUGAAGAGUCUGGGCAGUUUUUCCGAGAUAAACCGGAACGAUGCCCACGAGACGGCAAGCGACGUCGAAGCCGUCCUAGAGCAAUAUCCCACCUGGCUUGAUAGUCCUAGUCCAGCUAAGCACCGGUCUCGGGCAAUGCCUUCUACUGCUACUGCUACUACUAAGAACGUUACUGCUACCAUUGCCAAGACGGCUCCGCCUACAUGGCCAAGCAAGAGAUUGUGGAAUACCGACGGAAAGAAGAGCAACGACAACCGCCGUGUCCGGUUUAUCUGCGGAUAUGAUGAUGACGCGUUUAGUCCUUCGCCUCUGCCUCCUGCCAAACGUCGCGCUGUAUUGGAGGAGUCGAGACAUCCGCGGGUCGCUGAAAGAUUCGCUUCUCUUGUUGUACAGCUUCAUAAUGCUCCGUCUAAUUCUGAGAUAGAAGUGCCUUCUAUAUUUUCAGGCGUAGAAUCCAGGCACAAGGAUGAACCUUUGGUCGGACAUAUACUCCCGUCGUCAGAUCAUAAUUUGAGUCAAAUUGAGGUUGAGGUUAACGAUAGUCCGUUGGUCAUAACUGUAUCUUCUGAUUCAGAAUCAGAAUCAGAUUCGUAUGGCACUAUUAAUCGACAAGGGGAUCAGAAAGGUCUGAUCAAACAGGAAGAAGGCACACGCUUGAUACAAGAGAGAGAGAAGGGAGAGGGGAAGAAGAUAGGAAAGAAGGCAAUAAACGUCAAGGUGGAGGAAGACGCCAAGAACAAGGAGAAAAUAGUAGAAACAAGAAAGAGUGAUGGAAGUAAGGGAAACAAAAAGGAAAAAGAGAGGGGGAAGGCGAAGAAGAAACGCAUAAAGACCAGAGAGAGACAGAAGAUACGGCACCGUCUCCGCCAUCAGGGGACUGCGGAUCAUGUGGCAAAGUGUCGGCAUCGGAAUCGUUCUGGAGGGGAACGUGAGCGAGCGGAUUCCAUGACAAGACUGAACUGAACUGGAUGUCUAGACAGACAUCUGCUUGUCGGAUAGACAGACUGUAGACUGAACACCUAGAUACAUGUCCCAAGGAAAGUAGGUGACAAGGAUACCAGCUCGACACAGCAGGAAGGAGAUAGGAAAGCAGUACAAGAGGGGAAU